GAUUACAUUUCGGCACAUUUUAGUUGAUCAAUCGCAUGUGAUGAAAAAUGGAGUGAUAGAGGUUCCACGAAUUUAUUUUACGAAAUUUUCUCUAUGUAUUGACAUUGUAAAGACCCAAUUAAAUGAAGUGGAAAUAAACAAAGGAAAUUAUGUGCUAAUUAAUGAAUCUUAAGUUUUUAAAAUCUUUUAAUUGUUUUAUUGCGCAGCUGAUGUUUUUGUUUACGUUUGGUGUCAUCUAAAAUGGAUAAUCAUUAUCACGUUGUUUUAGACGCUUUAACUAAAGCAUCUAGUCAAAAUGCUGAGCUUUUAAAAAUUGCUGAACGACAAUUAAAAUGUUGGGAGACCGAAAGAGGUUUUUAUUCUAUAUUGUUAAACAUAGCCUGUGAUAAGAAUGUUGAUUUGAAUAUUAGAUGGCUUUCUGUUCUUUGCAUCAAGAAUGGUGUUGAUCGCUAUUGGAGAAAAAAUGCACCAAAUGCGAUUGCUAAUGAUGAAAAAGAAGCUAUCAAGCAUAAGUUACUUACAUGUUUUGAUGAUCCUAUCAAUCAAAUAGCUCUCCAGUUUUCUGUUAUUAUUAGCAAAAUAGCAAGGUAUGACUUCCCUAAAGAAUGGCCUGAAUUAUUCACAGUGCUCUUAAAUGGAACUCAAUCAGCUGAUGAACUCCAUCAGUUGAGGGCCUUAUUGACUAUCCAUCAUGUUGUCAAAGCACUAGCCUCAAAGCGCCUAACAGCAGAUAGACGUGUUUUUCUCCAACUAACUUCUUCAAUUUUUACCAAUAUUUUUCAUCUGUGGAUAAAUUAUAGUAAACUGUUCCUUCAAGAAGCAAAUACGGACUUUUUUAAAUUGAAAGAAUUACUAGACAGUUGUUUUUUAACACUUAAAAUUUUAAGGAAACUAGUGGUGAAUGGUUUCAAAGACUGUUCAAAAGAAACUGAUGCUGUGAACUUCCUAUCCCUCAUAUUUCAACAGAUUGGGCCUUUUCUUGAAUGUAGAACUUAUUUGAAAAAUAAAGAACAUUUAUUAGAAACAUGUGAAAAGUAUUUAGUGCUUCUAAUAAAGAUUUUGCGGGGUGUCUUAGAAUUGCAGCCGUUUGCAUUUGUUCAAUUUAUUCGACCAACUUUAGAAUGCAGUGUUACAUUCUGUUUCAAUAAAAGUUUUGAAGAUCGUCUGUUUGAAAAGCUCAUUGUACAGUUUUUGAAUUUAAUAAAAGGUAUCCUUGUGUGCCAAGAGUAUAAACCUGCCAAGUUAAUUGAAGAUACAAAAAAUGCUUUGACAUUGGAAGCCCAUAAAAUUAAAGUAGAAUUUUUCACCUUUCCUGUAUUAAAAGAAAUUUGUGAUCAGUUAUUAUCUAGAUACUUUUUGUUAUCUGAACAUGAUAUAACUAGUUGGGAAUAUACUCCUGAGGAAUUCGCUUCUGAUGAAGGUGGUGAAUCUUGGAAAUUUAGUUUACGUCCCUGCACAGAAGCUUUUUUUCUUACUUGCUUCCAUGAAUUUCGUAAUCUUUUGACACCACUUGUGGUUGAGACAAUAAAAAAUGUACAAAAUAAUGGCUCAAGAGAUCUCAUUGGCAUAUUGAAGAAAGACGCAAUUUAUAAUGCUGUUGGACUUGCUGCUUUUGAUCUAUACGAUGAAGUUGAUUUUGAUAACUGGUUUACAAGCACUCUUAUUACUGAAUUAAGAGUUAAGGAGCCUGGGUACUACAUCAUCAGGCGUCGUGUGAUAUGGUUAAUUGGUCAGUGGGUUGGUGUUAAGAUGUCACCUGAAAGGAGAUCAAUUUUAUAUGAAGUUAUUUUAGAGCUGUUGAACACUGAUGAAAAUCUGAUUGUUCGCCUAGCGGCUGCAAAUACUCUCAAAGUUGCUGUAGAUGAUUUUGAAUUCAGUGUUGAACAGUUUCUACCAUAUUUGGAGAAAAGUAUUGCUGCCCUGUUCCAUCUAUUGAAAGAAGUGAAAGAAUGCGAUUUAAAGAUGUCAGUUCUUCAUGUAUUAUCUUUAAUUAUUGAACGAAUGGGAACAGAAGUCCGACCAUUCUUGGAAGCUCUUUUGCAGUACCUACCUCAACUAUGGAAUAACUGUGGGGAUCACAACAUGCUCCGAUGUGCCAUAAUUUCUUGUUUUGUUCAUUUGGUGCAGGGUCUAGGAACACUUAGUGAGACCUUGCAUCCUCUACUUCUGCCUAUGAUUGCUUUAAGUACAGAUGUUACGCAGCCACCUCAUGUUUAUUUGUUAGAAGAUGGUCUAGAUUUAUGGUGGGCAGUUCUGGACAACACAUCAAAAUAUACUGAAGAGCUGUUGAGUUUAGCUUCUAAUAUGAUGCCUUUGCUAGAAUAUAAAGGAGAAAAUUUACAAAUUUGCUUACAAAUCACUGAAGCAUAUGUUAUUUUAUGCCCUGGUGUAUUCCUAAAGAGAUAUGGUCAAACAUUAGUGCAAACAUUCCUUUCUGCUGUAACUGAUAUGAAGUCUGAAGCAAUUGAUAUGGUGUUGAAGGUUGUUGAAACAGCAUUUAUUGCAUUUCCUGAAGAUGGUCCUGUUCUAUUUGAGCCAAUGUUGCCUUUUGUUUUGUCAUUAGCAUUAGAAAACCAUGUAUUGCCUAUAUCGUUUUCUGUAUAUAUGUCUUUGUUGUCUCGUGUAAUACUGCAUAAUCAAACUUGUUUUGGAAACAUUCUGCAGAAAAGGGCAAAUGAAUCUCAUAAGGAUGUUGGAACUAUUUUAGGAGAACUUCUAGAUGUUUGGUUAGAUAAAAUGCCUGUAGUAAAUCCAAUACAAAGAAGAAAACUUAUGGGUUUAGCCUUAACUUGCCUUUUGACAUCUAACUCAGAUGUGGUCCAUGAACGAGUAUGUGGAAUAUUUUUGUCUGUUGUUGAAGUCUUGAAUGAUAUCAUACCGGUGACCAAAAGUGAGAAUGGUGUAUUAUUGCCAGAUUUGCUCAUGAUGAAUCCUGAUGAUUUUAGCCAACAAGAUGAGGAAAUAGAAACUGAACAAGACAGGAGGAAAAGAGAACUUUCCAGACAGGAUCCUGUUCAUACCGUAGUUUUGAGAGACUACCUUUAUAAUCAGGUUAUGGCUCUGCAACAGUCUGUAGGAGCUACAAAAUUCCAAGAACUUAUGUCUACCGUCGAUAUUGAAACUAUGCAGCAACUUGAAGGAUAUCUGAAAAACUGAACAUAGCUACUACAUCAGUUCAUUUGUAAUUUUGUCUGAUAUUGAGAAAUGUAAAUAUGGAAUGAAAGGGUAUGAAUUGAUGAAUGUGUAAGUAAAAUAAAUGACAUUUGUAUUCACUUGUUAUUCAUUUUCCUCUAUUGUACUAUGCAAGGAAGUGUUUGUUACUGAAAUCUGUCGUAUUGAACUUAGUAAAAUAUAUUUUAUGACUUCCCCUCCUGACAAUUAAUUGUUUAUUUGAAAUUUAUUUCAUUUGUCACAAAAAUUCUUCUGUGUAAAAUAAAUUAUUUUUUAAAAACAA